GGCAGCGACAACUGCAGGCAUUGCAUGUCGGCAAUCUUCGACUGUACAGGGGAGCAAUAAGAUGCCUGUAGCUCUACAUAUGGCAAUGGCUCUGCAGAAGGGAUUGCCCACCAAUCACUCUCCACUUGGGGCAGAAUCCGCCGACCAGGUGGAAGGAUCAUCUGAACCAGAGUUCAGAACACCGGAGCCAGAACCAAAGCAGGAACUACAGUCGAGAUUGGAACGGGGACCAGGACCAGGACCAGGACCAGGACCGGGACCAGGACCAGAACCAGGACCAGGACCAGAGAGGGAAGGAGGAGCGAAUCUGGAACUGGAACUAGAAACAGGACUGGAAGGUAAACCACAACCGGAACAGGAACCGGAACUAGAACCAGGACUGGAAUGCGAACGUGAAGUGGAAACUUCAACGGUCCCACUUUCAAGAGUGGAAAGUGGGGAGAGGGAGGGGCUGAUUUCCCUCGAAAAAGAUUGCCAAGAAUCAGACGAUCGUGAUUAUUUGCUGGUGGAUCCUACGGGUCAGCAUCUUCGGUCCUCGGACUCCAGCUCCGGUCGUUAUUCAUUGAAGAAUGGACAAGGCGUUACAAUCGGUAUCGGCGGAAGCGGGAAGCAUUGUCACCUGGAUGCAACGGAGAGCGAGUGUGAGCGUCCGCGGAUGGCGAGAGCAGAUGGCCUUUCUCCUGCUUGGCCCUCAGAUGAAGAUGCCGUCGUUUGCAGAUUCUUGACAAAGAUCGUUGGGCGGAGAUUCCAUCGGCAAGUGAGUUGCUCAGCCGGACAGACAGUGGAGUUGGUACGAGAACCGACCAACCUCAAGGAUCCAAACGCUGUGAAGGGACUGAUCAUCGCAGAACCUCUAACGAAGUUCGGCAAUGUGGAACUGCAAGUCACUUGUCGAAGGAGGGUUGGCACAACAGGAUUGACAUCAGAAGCUGCUCUGCCCUCCCUGAGUUGUGUAGCAAGCCAGCAAGCAGCCAGCAACUGCAGAAAUGGUUUCAGCAGAGUUGAAGAUACACAAUCUGGGUACGCACCCCUCUCUAUAUCGUUGUCCGUUGAUCGUACAUUGGAGGGUCCUGAUACGUUGCGUCCUUUUCGAACUGCUGGAGCAGAGGUAGAUGCCGAUGCCAAUACCAAAAUGUCGGGCCAUGAAGACCCCUCGUUUGACGGGAAUGGCCACCAGAUGACCAGUUUGGGUGAUUCUGUGGUUGAUAAUGUAUUAUUAGACAGCAGAGAAAACUGGGGAAAUGACGAUAAUCGGAGAUUGCAGACUCGCUCCCAGUUCCCAGGAUCUCCUACAGAGAACGGCGGUAUUGUGCGAUGUAAACAGGAUGGGGGUGACGAGUGGAGCCAUGGUUAUGACCAUGGCUCCACUAAAGUUGCAGUCGAAGAGCCGGGUGUGCAUUCCCGAUCCCAACCACAUUAUGAAUAUCUGACUGCCGCUGAGGAGACUGCUAUUGCGCGAUCCGGAGGUGGAGAGGACAACACCAAUGUGUUAACGCCUGGUUCAAACUUGGAGUUUGAACCAGGUUUAGACCAGGCUGACCAGCGCAAUAUUCGGCAGGUUGUGGUUUUGGAUGUUGGUGAAGCUGGUGUAGACUUCAAACCUGGCUCGCCCUUGGAGUCCAAACCUGGUUCAGACCAAGUUGAUGUCGACAAACCUGGUUCGAACUUCAAAUCCAACAGGAGGAUGUUGGAUUUGCAGUUGAAACCAGGUUCAAAAAGCCAGGUCGAUGUUGACGAACUUGGUCUGAACACCAAAUCCAACAGCCUGGUUUGCUCCCCCCUCCUCAUCUCAACGCAGCAGGAAGAUAGUGACAGUCCAUGUCAUAUUGUUGCAGAGGAGAAGCAGUUGCAGGUGCUCGUGAACAAGCUACUCCAUGCAGCAGAGACGUACCGCAAAGGUUCUGUGAAAGGAUGGAAAAAGGUUUGUGGGAGCGCAAAUGGGGAGGUGGGUUUGGGUGCCCACACAGGGUGCGACGGUGUUGAAGAGAACAACAACAGGCAGGACUUCACGUCAAAUUACCAAGAGAGUUUCCGUUAUGUGCUGCAAACUGUUCUUGAACGAGAUCAUCAUAUCUUCGAGGAAGACGAGGCUGCCUUUCUUGGGGCCUUUGGUGAGUUAUCAGGAGAUGCGCAGCGCCUCUUUAUACGUCUCUAUCAACGGAAAGGUCCUUGGUUCCGCAUCAACAGCUUGGAAUACGGAGACAUCACUGAUAUUCAUGCUGCUAUCAAUGAGCUUGCUGAGUCCAAUUAUAUGGUCACAGACGAUGAAAUGGGCAGCGCCGAUUGUGAAGACUGGCAGAGGGAUGGCUAUGUGAGAGACAGACUCGAAGUUCUUGUUGGGGCAGAGCUGCGUUCGCUCGUCUGCCGCACAAACAUUAAGAAAAAAUCGGAGGCGGCAGGUGCGAAAAGGAAAGAGCUUUUGGAUUGCACAGUGGCAGCAGUAUUAGACCGGACACAGAAAAGUGCCGGCUCUCCUUCCAUGUGCGCAGCUAGAACAGUGUGGACCAUGUGCUCAGAGAUGACAGGGCGCUGCAUUCGGAUCACAGAGAAAGCAUUGCAGUUAUUUUCAAUGGUGCAGAGGCUUUUCUUCCUUAAUAGCGGCCAGGAGCUCACUGUUUUCAUUUUAGUGGACAUGGGCCGCGUGAAGUACCCAAGCUAUCGGUGCUCCCCAACUUGUUCGGUCUUCCCGCGAAGAGAGGAGUUCAUUUCUUAUCUCAAGGCCGUGGAGCUGGCCCAAGACAUGGAGAUGGCUGUUGAGCAGAAUGAUACACAAGGAGCCUUGAAUGCGCUGGAAGAAGCGCGAGUCAUGCUCUCGGGCGCAGUAGGUCAUGACGGUCACGGUACUGUGCAAGAUUGCGCUCUCUCUGACACGUGGGAAAGUGGUGCCCGGUCUGACACCUGUCAGCCUCUCUCUGACAAAGAACGCCGUCCCUUCGGAAGGGACAACGAGGCCUGCCUCCCAUCCUCCUCCUCCUCCUCCUCCAUCGCAACCACAUACGAUGAACGACUGCAUUCGUCCCAAAAGCGCCAGCUUUGCGAUUGUACCUCCAGCAACGAGAGAAGUCAGUGUUUUGACGGUCGGGAGCCCAGCUGGAUAAUGAUCGAACAGCGGCUGCAAACUCAUCGAGACCAUCUGUUCCUGUCACGAUUCUCGUCAGAUUGGGUUUAUGCGAACGUGGCCACCGUGGGUGUCUCAGUUCUUGAACGAGAACGAAG